AUGUCCCUUUCUAAUGAUACCAAUCUCCACCCCUCCUCCUUCUUGCUGCUGGGAAUCCCAGGACUGGAACACAUCCACAUCUGGAUUGGCUUUCCUUUUUGUGCUGUGUAUCUGGUUGCACUCAUAGGAAACUUCACCAUCUUGUUUGUCAUCCAGACUGAGCACAGCCUCCACCAGCCCAUGUUCUAUUUUUUGGCUAUGCUGGCUACCAUUGACCUGGGUCUCUCCACAGCCACCAUCCCUAAGAUGCUGGGCAUAUUCUGGUUCAGCCUCAGGGAGAUCAUUUUCAAUGCCUGCCUCACUCAGAUGUUUUUCAUUCACAUCUUUACUGGCAUGGAGUCAGUGGUCCUUCUUGCCAUGGCUUAUGACCGCUAUGUAGCUAUCUGCAACCCUCUCCAUUAUAACACAAUUCUUACUAACAAGGUAGUAUCCCUUAUUGGUUUUGGGAUGGUUGGGGGAUGUUUUUUCACUGUUCUCCCUUUUGUGUUCCUCAUCUUGCAAUUGCCUUUCUGUGGACACCAUGUCAUCCCACACACGUACUGUGAGCACAUGGGUCUUGCUCGCCUGGCCUGUGCAAGCAUCAGGGUCAACAUCAUAUAUGGCUUGGGGACCAUUGCUAUCUUGGGACUUGUCAUCAUAGCCAUUGCCCUCUCUUAUAUAUACAUUCUCCAAGCUAUUUUCCAUCUCCCCUCCCAUGAAGCCAAGGUCAAGUCUCUCAGCACCUGUGGUUCCCAUGUUUGUGUAAUUUUAGCCUUUUAUACCCCAGCUUUUUUCUCUUUUAUGACACAUCGCUUUGGCCAAAAUAUUCCCCGCUACAUUCAUAUCCUUCUGGCCAAUCUCUAUGUAGUUAUUCCACCAAUGCUCAACCCAAUCAUCUAUGGAAUUAGGACCAAGCAGAUCCGUGAAAGUGUGCUCAGAAUACUCCUCCAUCAAUAA